CGCUUAUAUAGAGACUUUUCCCAAUACUCCGAUCGAUCGCCUUGCCCCUCGCAGCCCUCGCCGGGCUUCCCAUCGACCCCCUCCACUCACUCUGAGCCUCCCUCCCUCGCUGUCCCGCACAGCCGCACAGCGCGGGAUCAGGGGGCGCCCGGACCCCCAGAGCAGCUCCGGGUGACGCCCAGAAGGCUUGAUGAAGUAACCCACUGUGGAAGGACCUGCACAUUACCUUAAAUAAAAAUGGCUUUCCAUGUAGAAGGACUGGUGGCCAUCAUCCUGUUCUACCUCCUUAUAUUUCUGGUUGGAAUAUGGGCUGCCUGGAAAACCAAAAACAGCGGCAAUGCAGAAGAACGCAGCGAAGCCAUCAUCGUCGGGGGUCGAGACAUUGGUUUGCUGGUUGGUGGCUUUACCAUGACAGCCACCUGGGUUGGAGGAGGUUAUAUCAAUGGGACAGCUGAAGCAGUUUAUGGACCAGGCUGUGGUCUAGCAUGGGCUCAGGCACCCAUUGGCUAUUCUCUGAGUCUGAUUUUAGGCGGUCUGUUCUUCGCAAAACCUAUGCGUUCCAAGGGAUAUGUGACCAUGCUAGACCCAUUUCAGCAGAUCUACGGAAAGCGCAUGGGCGGGCUGCUCUUCAUCCCUGCACUGAUGGGAGAGAUGUUCUGGGCGGCAGCAAUUUUCUCUGCGUUAGGAGCCACCAUCAGUGUGAUCAUUGAUGUGGAUGUGAAUGCAUCGGUCAUAGUCUCUGCACUCAUUGCCAUUCUUUACACCCUAGUGGGUGGGCUCUACUCUGUGGCGUAUACUGAUGUUGUACAACUCUUCUGCAUUUUUAUAGGACUGUGGAUCAGUGUGCCCUUUGCCCUGUCACAUCCUGCAGUCACCGACAUUGGAUUCACUGCUGUGCACACCAAAUACCAGAGUCCCUGGCUGGGAACCAUUGAACCAAUUGAAGUCUACACCUGGCUUGAUAAUUUUCUGUUGUUGAUGCUGGGUGGAAUCCCUUGGCAAGCCUACUUCCAGAGGGUUCUCUCUUCAUCCUCAGCCACCUACGCUCAGGUGCUGUCCUUCCUAGCAGCGUUUGGGUGCCUGGUGAUGGCUCUACCUGCCAUAUGCAUAGGAGCCAUUGGAGCCUCCACAGACUGGAACCAGACUGCAUAUGGGUUUCCAGAUCCCAAGACCAAGGAGGAAGGAGACAUGAUUCUCCCGAUUGUGCUGCAGUACCUCUGCCCUGUGUACAUUUCCUUCUUUGGGCUGGGAGCUGUUUCUGCUGCUGUGAUGUCCUCAGCUGACUCUUCCAUCCUGUCUGCGAGCUCCAUGUUUGCACGGAAUAUCUACCAGCUUUCCUUCAGACAAAAUGCAUCAGACAAAGAAAUUGUGUGGGUCAUGAGGAUCACGGUGUUUGUGUUUGGAGCAUCUGCAACAGCCAUGGCCUUGCUGACGAAGACGGUGUAUGGGCUCUGGUACCUGAGCUCUGACCUUGUCUACAUCAUCAUCUUCCCACAGCUGCUCUGUGUCCUCUUCAUCAAAGGAACCAACACUUACGGGGCUGUUGCAGGUUACAUUUUUGGACUUUUCCUGAGAAUUACUGGAGGAGAGCCAUAUCUGUACUUGCAGCCCCUAAUCUUCUACCCUGGCUAUUACUCUGACAAGAAUGGUAUAUACAAUCAGAGAUUCCCCUUUAAAACUCUCUCCAUGGUUACCUCAUUCUUGACCAACAUUUGCAUUUCUUAUCUAGCCAAAUAUCUAUUUGAAAGUGGAACCUUGCCUCCGAAACUAGAUGUAUUCGAUGCCGUCGUCUCGAGGCACAGUGAAGAGAACAUGGACAAGACUAUUCUAGUCAGAAAUGAGAACAUCAAAUUAAAUGAACUUGCACCUGUGAAGCCUCGACAGAGCCUAACUCUCAGCUCAACUUUCACCAAUAAAGAGGCCCUCCUUGAUGUUGAUUCUAGUCCAGAGGGAUCUGGAACUGAAGAUAACUUACAAUGACCCCAUCUAAAUCAUACGGAACAGAACGUUGCUGUAGGAUAGUCCUGGAAAGAAGGUUUGGAGCAUAUCUAACACAUAUUAAAAUAUAAAUCUUUAGAGGGGGAAUAUUUUCAGGAAUAAAGAAGUUAUAAUGGACGAGUUCAGAAAAAAAAUAACAAUUGCACAGUGAGAAGGAAGUGUGAAAGUAACAGCUUUGUUUCUCAUCACAGCACUUUUAGUUUUAAAUAGCUUUGUCAAGCAUAUAAAAGUGAGUAAAGCCCCAGCCAAAGAAAAUGGCCAAAUAUUACUUAUCUUUAUUAUGGAAAGAGGAAGUAUUUAUUAAUGAGCCCAUGGAAAGGAGACUGAAUGGUUCUGAUCAUCUUUGCUGGCUAAGACAGCUCUGGACAUCAGUUUAAUUGCUACAAUGCAUAGGCUGCAUUGAUUUGCAACCACUGCUGUAAACGAUGCAGUGAGUUAAUCAAUUUACUCCUCUCCAUGUGUGGAUUGGCCUGCUCUUCCAUGAUUUGAAUGUGACUUUUGCUCGAUUUUCAGUGUGCACUCUCUUACUUACCCUUUCUUGCUCUUCUGCAUGAA